AUGGACCCUGAAAAGCCCCAUCACGUGCCAGUGGACGAGGUCUACGACGACAAGAAGCCUCAUGCUAUCGACGAGUUGGAAGCAGCCGGUGAGCGCGAAGGAUAUGUCCUCAAUGAUGCUUCGUUGGCCCAUGAGCGUGGUCUGAAGACGACCGCCGACGGACAGACGAUUCUUAUCCCGCAGCCGAGCGAUUCGCCCAAUGAUCCUCUCAAUUGGAGUUGGUUCCGCAAGCACCUGAUUCUUAUCAUCAUUUCGUGCACGGCAUUGUUACCGGACUACGGUAGCGCUACAGGCGCCGUGACGUUGUUAGCCCAAGGAGCAGAAUGGCAUAUGGACCCAAAUGUUGUCAACCAUUCUCAGGUCGGUAAUGUCUUCAUGCUGGGUGUUGGUGGCCCUAUCAUCGUGGCAUUCGCUGCCUACUUUGGGCGUUAUCCUGUUCUGUUCUGGUUCAUUGUGCUGGCUGUUGCAACGGCUAUUUGGUGUGCCGCCGCGCAAAGCUUCGAGUCUUUCAUGGCUGCUCGUAUCCUCAACGGGCUCUUUUCAACUGUUGCGCAAGGUGGCGGUCUCAUGUACAUCAAAGACAUGUUCUUCUUCCACGAACACGCCCGCAAAAUCAACAUCUGGUCCGGAUUCAUCAUCGUAUCUCCUUACCUAGGCCCUCUCCUCGCAGCAUUCAUCGUCAGCACCCAAAUCUGGCAAUGGGCAUUCGGCGUCUACGCCAUUGAGACAGGACUGUGUCUGAUCGCCAUUAUCCUCUUCGUUGAUGAGACCUACUACGAUCGCAAAACCGGACAGCCCGAGCUCUAUCCCAAUGCCCCGCGCUGGCAGCGGAUGCUCGGUAUCCAGCAGAGGCGGACGAAUUAUAUGAGGAACUCGGUCAAGGAUGCGGUGAUGCGACCGCUCGUUAUCAUCUGCAAGCCCGUUGUGAUUCUGGCGUGUAUUUACUAUAUGUUGAGCUUCGCGUGGGUGGUUGGCAUCAAUACCACGCUGGCUAUUCUUCUGGGGCCCAUUUAUGGUUUCCAGGCUAAGCAAAUCGGCUUCUUCUAUUUCACUCCCGUCAUCGCAGCCAUCUUGGGCGAAAUCACCGGUCACUGGCUCCACGACCUCAUCGCCAAGGUCUCCGCUAAGCGCAACGGCGGGCGCCUCGAGCCCGAAGCUCGUCUCUGGGCCAGCUGGGUAUCCCUGCCAUUCAUGGCGUCCGGUUUGAUCCUGAUGGGCUUUGCCCUCGAGCGACACUAUCAUUACAUGCUCGCGGCCCUGGGAUGGGGCUUGUACGUGUUUGGAACCAUGAUUGUCACCGUUGCCGUCAACUCGUACGUCUUGGAUGGAUACCCCGAGGCAAGUGGAGAAGUUGCUGCGUGGGUGAACUUUGGACGCAUUCUUGGGGGAGUUAUUGUGUCUUAUUUCAUGGUCGAGUGGGAGGAGAAAUACGGUACUAUUCGCCAAUUUGGGACUAUGUGUGGCAUCGUCGGCGCGGCUUUCUUGAUUGUGUUGGGUUUGCAGCUUUGGGGGAAGAGAUUGCGUCUUUGGGCGGGUCCUGCUGUGUUCAAGACUGUUUGA